CGAAGGGAAUGAUUUAGGUUGGCCAGCUACUAAACGUUCGCCACUUCAGGGUUAUCCGGUGAGCGAUGCGCUUCGUCUCCUCUUAGGAUAUUAGACUAUUGUGGAAAAGUUAUUUUAAACGAAAAACGAAAUGGAGGUAAACGGUGGACCUGCAAACCCCGCAGUGAUUGCUGAGGUAUCGUUCUCGUUUCAAGAUGAACUGACUGCGACCCUUCAAAACGCGCUCGGUGUUGCAGUAGAGAUCGCCGUUGCGGAGAUCACCAGACUGCUUGACAGAGCGCUCAGAGACGUGCAUGGCAAGAUUCAAGAGGCUUUGCGGGACAACAGUGCGCUCAAGUUUAGGCUGCAAACAGCUGAAACGCAACUUUCUACUGUGUGUGGUCGCCUGGAUCAACAGCCACAGAGACUCGAAGAUUUUCCCAUCGGUAGUAGCAAUCAGUUGGUGACAAACCCUCCCAUCAGCUGCAGCAGGGUUCAGCGUGGGGGUCGGCAGUUAAAUAACGUCGGACAACAAACCGAGCCCACUGUGAACUCGGAACAUGACUAUGAGGUAUGUGGAUCCAAGGAAACUAAUAUAUUCCAGCGAGGAUCAAUCUGUGGGAACCCAAAUGGAGGCGCGUGCGCUCAGACUUUAAACUCGGAUUCAUUUGAGGAAUCAACCCACUAUAGAUUAGAUGAGACAAAUGACAUCAAGAAUGAUCAACACAAUAUGACCAAAACUGACCAGACAUGUGCUGGGACAGUUACAAAUGAGGGAUCAUCCCUUGAUGUGGCUGUAAAGGUGAAGAAAGAAGAGAGUUAUGAUGACGCAAUCCCAGUGUCCCUCUCUGUAGUGGAGGAACCCAACUCAGACAGCCUUUCUCUGGCUCAAUCUCGACUAUUGGAAGACUGGAGACCUGAGCCAUUGCACUCAGAGAGCUGCCAAUCAAACAUGCACUGCCAGUCCACCAACCAACCCCUAGACCUAGAUUUCCUGUCGUCCUCAAGCUCAGGUCAACAAACCCACUUCCCAAAGGUCCACAACAACCAUUAUAAGAGUCCCGGGCACCAUGCGUUUCCCCCCGACCGGAGCCCUUAUCAUUGUAGCCUAUGCGGACGAGACUUCAACCGUAAGCACCAUCUCAAGAUCCAUCAGAGGAUUCAUACAGGAGAGAGGCCAUACACUUGCUCUAUCUGUAGCGCACGCUUUCGUCACGCAUUGACACUGAAGCGACACUUCCGCCUUCAUACGGGAGAGAAACCUUAUGUUUGCGGUCAGUGUGGAAAAAAGUUUCGAAAUGAUGGUGGAUUGAAGGUUCAUCAGUGUUCAUGACAACAGUUGUAUAAAUGCACUAUUUAUGGUAGUCUUGUGUUGGAGGAAAAAUCCAAUAUAGGGUCACUCCAAAAGCCAAAAGGUUAUUAAAGGGAUAGUUCUCCUAAAAAUGAAAAUUCUGUCAACAUUUGGUCAACCAUGUUCGGGUGACUUUGGUUAAUUUUCAAAACUAGAGAUGCACCGAUUUUGUCGGCCGGUUUUUGAUCAAAUACUUGCUAAAACAAAAUAAAAUCUGUACAAAAUACAGCAGGGCUUGACAAUAAGGACUGCCUGGGGCCAGCGUGAACAACGCUUGGGACAAUUGACGAAACUGUCACUAUCCCGAUCAGGCCAGUGCUGCAUCUUCACAAAAGUUUAUCCUUUGCACGUGUUUGUAAACCUUGCGAAUUUAAACAUUCAAGCGCAAGAAGAUGCGAAGGAGACCUCAAUUCUGCUCACUGUGUGAAAAGUUUUGUAUGCGCACACAUCCAAAGCGCACGCCUGGAAACUGUUUUAGGCAGCGUGCAAACUGUUUUGAGUUCUCUUUCACUUCUAAUUCACACAAAAUUUUUAUCAAAAUGCCUGUCUCAGUGAGUAUCCUUGUGAACAUAUUCAGUUAUGUCUUAUUUGAACGUAAAGAGAGAAAUAAAAAUUGUGUGCCAGUAUAUUGAAUCCGUGCAUCUCUUAAAGUGACAGAAGCCUAAUAUUCCUGCUGUUUUAAUGUUAAUCAAACAACAAAAGACAAAAAGUUGCUCACUUCUCUUGACUAAAUAACUUUUGUAACUUUAAUAAGGAUUAAUGUAUAUUUCACUCAUACAAUGAAAAAUAUAUUUUACGUUUGAUUACUUGAUUUCUGUACCUGAAAACUAAUGUUGGACCUACCUAAAAAGCACAGUUUAUUUCAUAUGCAUCUUUGUUCUAUUGUAUUUAUGUAUUUAUGUUGGCUUGUUGAAUGUUAAAUGGAUCCAAUCCAUGUUCAAUAGAAAUUAUUUUAUGAUGAAGCAAUAAACUAACUAGUAUACCUUGA